AUGGAACCACAUUUUGUAACGGUUUUUGGUGGUGAACCCGUAGGGAUGGAGGGGACAGAUUUCGUGGUGGUGGGAGCCGGGAGGAUGGGGGCGAGCAUCGCAGGUUACCUUGCGACAUGCGGGAAGACAGUAGGUAUGCACGACAGAACAGAGUUCGACAUGAACAAAGGGAUGGAGAUCUUGCGGGCUGACAUGAAGGCGUACGUGGAGAAAGGGCUGCUCACUGAACAGGACAAGGAGGAGGCGGUUAGGAGAAUUCGGCUGGUGGGGACGCAUGAUGAGGUUGUUAAGUCCAAGGUCGUGAUUGAGUGCAUCUUCGAAAAUGUUGAGGAGAAGAGAAAACUCUUCAGCUCUCUCAUUGCGUCAGCAGAGAAAGCGAAGCUGCGUCCGAUCCUCGCCACAAACUCCAUCAAUUUCUCGAUCAAGGACAUUGUACCGAACCGCGAGGAGAUCUCGAUGACGACGUGCGGGAUCAGAUUUCUCCAUCCUGUAUGGUUCAUACCUCCUGUGGAGAUUUCUUCGCAAGAAGAGCAGCGGCCGUUAGAGCUGGCCGCGCUAUGGGAGGAGUGCGUAGGGCUUGGGCUAGAGCCUUUCUACAUGUCAACCAAGGGGCUGAAAGGGUUUGGUCGUAGGAAGUUAUACCAGGAUGAAAUUGACAAGUACCAUCAGCACCGCAAGGCGACUGUCUCCUCCUCCCUCCGCGGAGGACAGGCACCCGCGCCCAGAGGUUCGGGCAGUGUGGGGAGGGAGUGCGGUAUCUGCAUGGAGCCGAGCAGGGUGAGCAUGAUUUUGAGUCCCUGCGGGCACAAAGACCUCUGCAAGGAGUGCACGAACAAGAUCAUGAGUGGAACUAGGACAUGCCCGACAUGCAGGAGGGCAGUGGAACGAGUGCUCGAGGCAGACUCGGGUGCUGACCUUUGA